AUGCCACCUUCUAGUAACGUCGACCAAAGCAACACCUGGUUGGCCCAGCCAUCAGGACCUUGUUGUCUAGAGGGAACCCUUCACGAAGGCACUUCACGUGGGCGUUUUAUAACGGUUGCCGGUGUAGAAACUUACAUCGUGAAGCCUAAGAAGAGCAACACAAAUGGCCAUAUCUUACUUUACUUCCCUGACGUAUGGGGAAUGUUUCCGAAUGGUCUCCUGGUGAUGGAUGCUUUUGCGGACUCUGGCUAUCUUGUACUAGGGCUUGACUACUUCAGAGGUGAUCCGGUUUGGAAACAUCGUCGCGAUCGUCAUGAUAGCUCAAAUCCAGACUUCGACUACGAGGCCUGGAAGCGAAAGCAUAUGUCUUUUGCGGAUGAAGCAGUCCCACGGUGGAUCGAUGAAGUGAAGAGCUCGUAUGGCCAGACAUCGACGAAGUAUGCCUGCGUUGGAUAUUGUUUUGGUGCCCCAUAUGUCUGCGACGAGCUGGCCAAGAACACCGUCAGCGCUGGUGCAUUUGCACAUCCGGCCUUUUUGAAAGAUUCUCAUUUCUCAAAGAUCACCAAGCCACUAUUUCUGUCUUGUUCUGUAGAAGAUCACACGUUUCCUCUAGAAGCCAGACAGGCCGCUUUAGAUAUUCUGGAGGAGGGUCAAAAGACCUAUCAAUUCCAGAUGUUCUCUGGUGUAUCGCACGGAUUCGCUCUACGAGGCAAUAUGAAAAACCCCUAUGAACGUAAGGAAUCAUUCUUUGCUAUACAUUCACCGUGGAUCUUGAAAAUUAACAUUCCCCAGGCUACGUAA